AUGGCUGGCACACCAGGCAGGGAGUUACAUGUAUUAAAGUUUUUUAGAGACAAACAGCAUUUAAAGAUGGUUGUUGGCUUGUAUGCAAUGAAGAAAGGGUUUGAUUACUCCGUUAGGAAGUGCGGUACUGAUAUUUGGUACGUCACAUGUAAGGAUACAGAUUGUGGGUGGAGACUAAGAGCGAAGAAGAACGUACUUUCUAACAUGUUUGAGAUGAGUACAUUUCAUAAUGUACAUACAUGUUCCCGUGAUCUUCGAGGAAAAGAUAACUGUCAAGCAUCACCUUUGAUAGUUGCCCAUCUAAUUAAGGAAAAGUUUGCAACUGAUGGCUCGAAUCAUUUGGCCUCUGAUAUAAGGAAAAGUAUACACAAGGAUUACGGGAUCCAAAUGAGUUAUGAAAAGGCAUGGAGGUGUAGAGAGAAGGCACUACACCUAGCUCGGGGUACAUCUGAAGAUUCGUACCAUCACAUGCUAAAGUUGAGUAAUCCAGUGGCCCUGGAUGCUGGGAGCCAUAUGUUUCCGAUAGCUUUCGCUAUAGUUGAUAGUGGAAACCUUAAUUCUUGGACCUAUUUUAUGAGAAAAUUGAAAGAAAUGAUUGGUGAUGUUGAGAACUUAGCCUUUGUUUCAGAUAGGCAUCAAAGCAUUGUUCGUGCUUUGGAUAUCGUGUUCCCUGAUGCACAACAUGGUGCAUGCUACCACCACAUUAUUAUGAACAUCAAUCACAAGUUCAAGACUGAUGUCUUCACAAAUCACAUUUACACGUGUGCCUACACAUAUUCAAAAUCAGAGUUUCACAGAGAAUUUGAGAACAUUCGGGCAAUGAAUGUUGCGGUUGCACAAUAUCUUGAGGAAAUUGGAUUUGAAAAAUGGGUUCGGUCGUACUUUCUAAGGGUACGUUACAAUGUAAUGAUGAGCAACUGGGCUGAGAGCUUCAACAACACAACUAAGGACGCAAGAGGCUUCCUGAUCACUGCUGAUGUAGCAUUCCUAAGGCCCAAAGUCCAACAGUGGUUUGCUACACGAAAUGAAAAAGCUGACAAGUGGACGAAGACCUUAGCACCAGAAAUGGAGGAGGACUUGGCAUUGCAAUUUGAAAAAUCUCGGUAUUUGAACGUUGAUACAUGUGGACCUUACACGUUGCAGGUUCACCUUGGAGGAACAGUUGAGACCGGUGGCGUAGUGGACUUGCAGGAACAGACUUGCACUUGCGGCUUGUUCCAGUGCAUGAAGUUUCCUUGUCCUCAUGCAUGUGCUAUAGCUCAACAACGAAUUGGUGACGAGGAUGAUUUGGAAUUCCCUGAUGACAUAAAGAACAUGACAGUUGGAGUGCCUGUUGAGAAGCAACCAGUGGAGCGACCCAAGAAGUAA